AUGCCCGCGUCGGCGUUGGUCGCGUCGGGUUGCGCCGCUUCGGCGGCGCCCCCUCACCGCGCGGGUAUCGCGCGCACUCGUCGGCGUCGCGAGACUUCGGGCCCGUCGUUCACGUCGUCCGCCGCGCGCAUCUCCGUGGCCACGCUCGCGAUACACUGCGUCGUCGUCGCCGCGUCCGAUGGGGGGGAGAGGGACGGCGGGUCGAGGCGGGUGCCGAGGCCCGACCCGGGCAAGAGCUCGUCGCGGACGUGCGUCGGCCCGCCCGACACCGAGACCACCGCGCUCGCCGUCGUCCGGGACACGCCCCUGUCGCCGCUCAUGGGCCGCCUGCGCCAGAAGCACCGCGAGUUCGACUACCCGACAAUCGGACUCAUCACGCUAGAUCAGGAGUGGGACAGGAGCGGCGUCGGCACCGGAGCCGCGGUGUGGGACAGCGCGGAGCUUCUGGCGAGGUACAUGGCGACGUCCGGCGCGGCGCGGGCGUUCAACCCCGACGCCCUGCGAGACGAGACGCAUGGGCACGGGGGAUCGAGCAGCGAAGACCCUUCAGAGACGAGGAUGGAUGCCGACGCCGCCGCGCUCGCGAGGGACUGGUGGGCGGGAGCCGUCGUCGUGGAGCUGGGCGGCGGGCUCGGCCUCGCGUCCAUGGUCGCGGCGCGCAUGGGCGCGACGGUGCUGUGCACGGACGGCGACGACAUGGUGGUGGACAUGUGCGCGCGGAACGUGCGAGCCAACGGGUUGGCGGCUGCUGACUCGAUCGAUCCUUCGAUCGAUUCGUCGACCCGUCGCGGAUCCGUGGAGGUCGCGAGGUUGGCGUGGGGCGACGAGGAGGACGUCGCGGCGGCGGAGGCGUGGGUCGCGGCGGCGCGGGGUAUCGAACCCGGGACGAAAGGAUGCGCAAAGGCGUACCCCGACGUGCUGUUACUCGCGGACGUGGUGUACGGCGAGCACCCUGACGCGUGGCGCGGGUUGGUAAGGACAAUCGCCGCGCUCGCCGGACCCGGCACCGCGGUGCUGCUUUCGCACACGCGGCGCGGGGAUGUGAAAGGGGCGCAACGAAAGUUUUUCGACUGGCUCAAAGACGCGGGGUUCGUCGUGGAGGCGGUGGAGCGGUGGAAGGGAACGCGCGACGGGUUCGCGUCUCUCACGCUUCUGUACAGGGCGUACAGGUACGGCAGCACGACGUUGGGCAGGAGCUACUCCGUCGUCAAGUAA